GAGGUCAACAGACCCCCAGAUGUGAAGGGCGAAGAUGCAGCUGGCUGAUAGAAAACAGCAGCUGCCCAAGCGCUGAGGGGCUCCCUUGCAGCCAGCUCUGCCCACCUCGGAGGGUCUGUCCACAAUGGCUUGUAACAGCACGACCCUCGAGACUUACGAAUACUUGCUGCUCAAUGCCAGCAAUGGGUCGGACCCUGGGACUGCGCCCCUACCUGCUCCACUCAGGAUAUCCCUGGCGAUAACGAUGCUGCUGAUGAUCAUAGUCGGUUUCCUAGGCAACACUGUGGUCUGUGUCAUAGUGUAUCAGAGGCCAGCCAUGCGCUCCGCCAUCAACCUGCUGCUGGCCACCCUGGCCUUCUCUGACAUCAUGCUGUCCUUAUGCUGCAUGCCUUUCACUGCCAUCACCCUCGUGACCGUGCGCUGGCACUUUGGGGACCAUUUUUGCCGCCUGUCAGCCAUGCUCUACUGGUUUUUUGUCCUGGAGGGUGUAGCCAUCCUGCUCAUCAUCAGCGUGGACCGCUUUCUCAUCAUUGUGCAGCGCCAGGACAAGCUGAAUCCCCGCAGAGCCAAGGUGAUCAUCGCAGUCUCCUGGGUGCUGUCCUUCUGCCUCUCUGUGCCCUCCCUCACAGGCCAGACAUUUGUGGAGGUGCCCGCACGGGCGCCACAGUGUGUGCUGGGCUAUACCGAGCUCUCUGUAGACCGUGCCUAUGUAGUGACGCUGGUGGUAGCUGUGUUCUUUGUGCCCUUUGGGGUCAUGCUGUGCUCCUACCUGUGCAUCCUCAACACUGUUCGGAAGAACGCCGUGCGCGUGCACAACCAGUCUGACACUCUGGAUCUUAGGCACCUCACCAGGGCCGGCCUCAGGCGGCUACAGAGGCAACAACAGAUCAGCCUGGACUUGAGCUUCAAAACCAAGGCCUUCACCACCAUCCUCAUCCUCUUCGUGGGCUUCUCGCUCUGCUGGCUGCCCCAUUCCAUCUACAGCCUCUUGUCUGUGUUCAGCCGGAGGUUUUACUACAGCUCCUCCUUUUACAGCACCAGUACCUGCAUCCUGUGGCUCAGUUACCUCAAGUCUGUCUUCAACCCCAUUGUCUACUGCUGGAGAAUCAAAAAAUUCCGUGAGGCCUGCAUAGAGUUGUUGCCCCAGACCUUCCAAAUCCUUCCCAAAGUGCCUGAGCGGAUUCGAAGGCGAAUUCAGCCAAGCACAGUCUAUGUGUGCAAUGAAAACCAGUCUGCCGUUUAGCCCAAGGCUAAAGGGGCAGAGGAGGAUCAGUCAGCCCAACCUCUAGCAAGGAGUUUGUCAGUCCUUCCUGGUACUUGAGUCAACACGUGCAUUGUGUGGUGACCACUGAAGCACAAAAGGACUCAUUGGUUGACAGAGGAACAGUGCUCCCAAAGCCCAAAAUUCAGCAAGGUGAAUUGGGAGCCCUGUAGGGUUGGGCAGGCAUUACAAAAGUGGUUGAGGCCAAAUGGGCAUGGAGUAGGGGAAUGCAGAUGUGGGAGCAGAGAGCUAGAGAAGAGGUGAGAGGCAGUGAGGAAAGCUGGCUGGAGAUGGGGCAGGAGGAAGGUCUGGUUAAACAGCACAAUGCUACCCUUGAUAUCUGCUAGAGCAACCCCACGGUGCCAUCAUUCUGAUGGGAGAACUCCUAGCAGGUGCCGUUUCAUGGAUGGUCAGCAUCCUUUGAGGCUUGUGUUCUUCAAAGUUAUUCAGUUUUGUGAUGUGCGAGGAAUCAGCAAGCUUCUUCGUGUUGGUCAGUUGUACAUUGCUGGUCACAUCAAAUCAUCCUUUCUAGAAAGAAACCAAAAUCCCACAGGCAAGUAGAAUAAGUCCCUGGGCUCUGGAGAUCCCCAGUGUGGUAUGUGGGAGACCUCAGAGGUUUGAAGCUCAGAAGAAAUUCAGAGUAGCUCAGUUUAAAUUGAGAAGCCCACGCAUGUAUUGUGCAUGCCCUCAGUCCCAGCCUUAUACCUGGCUGAGCCCAUCAGACCCAAUGCUCCCCAUCUCUUUACUUCUACCGAUCACCACACCUCCCUUUGGUAACACCUCAUGCAUUUCCAGUGUGCUUGAGGAAUUCAUCCAAUUAGUAUCUGUAGUGACUUGUUUUGGCGUCAGGAGCCCUCCAUCACUGGCUUUGUUUACACAUUUCCUCUGCACACCUGGGGGCUCCAGAGUCUAUGUGAGGCACCAGAUCCACUCCAUCCCAUGUGCUGCUGCAGGGGGCCCCCUCGACCUCUGUGUUCCUCCUACCUCACUCAGACCUGUUGCUGCCAUCUCUGCACCUGUCCUGGUCCA